AUGCCAGCAAGACGCAGAGGAGCUUCUAUAGCCCCUCACACACCUAGAUCUGCAAGCAGGCGAAAUACAAGAGCCCUAAGAACAGAAGACCAAAUCCAGCAAGAUAACACUCAUGUGCGUGAGAACAUGGCGCGAUUGCGUCAAGCUGAAUCAGAAGAUGUACGAGCUGAACGAAAUGAACGAAGAAGAUUAGAACAAAGGCAAUCGCGUCGUCUUAUAGUUGGCAGAUGCAGAGCGAAUGAACAACAGCGCCAACAGGUGCAUCGAUUAUUUACAUCUAAUUCAUUCCUGCGUCUAGCAUUCGAGUAUGAGCACGAUAUUCAAUAUUAUGCUCAUUCAAAAGUGGUAAUUGGUGCUAUGGACAAGGAAUGUCCGCAUUGUCAUGCUCUUAAGUUUAAAACUGAGCCACCUGGAAUGUGUUGUUCGUCAGGAAAGGUGCAAUUACCUGCAAUUGAGACACCACCUGAACCAUUGAACGGUUUACUUAUCGGCACGGAUCCAGAUUCUAAUCUAUUCCUAAAGUCAAUUCGAACAUUUAAUUCAUGUUUUCAAAUGACAUCGUUGGGAGCAACAGAAAUAAUUAGAAAUAAUGCUAUCAAUGGUCAGCAAUUUAAUUCAACAUUCAAAAUCAAAGGCCAAAUUUAUCAUAAAGUGGGCUCAUUGCUGCCAAUGCCAAACGGAUCACCUAAAUUUUUACAAAUUUACUUUAUGGGCGGUGAGGAUGCACGUGUAGAUGCACGUUGUGGCUAUAAUAACCUCGAUUCAUUUUUUGCCAGACGCAUCGUCAGUGACCUGGAUUCCCUAUUGAAUGAGCACAAUGAAUUGUUGAAAAUAUUCAAAUCACACAUGCACAAAUUACAAAGUGAUAAUCACGCUAUUGUCAUCAAUCCGGAUAAAACACCUGCUGGAGAGCAUAUUCGUAGAUUUAAUGCUCCUGUUCUUGACGAUGUCGCUGGAAUCAUGGUUGGCGAUCGUACAGCUAAACGAGAAAUAGUGAUUCGUAGAAGAAAUAAUAAUCUACAGUUCAUUGCUGAUACACACCGUUCAUAUGACGCUCUCCAAUAUCCGCUAAUGUUCUGGAAGGGACAAGACGGGUAUUGCAUAAAUAUUAAACAACGAAAUCCCGCAACAGGUGCCGAAACGAACAAGAAUGUUAGUUCGAAGGACUAUUAUGCGUAUCGGUUGAUGAUUAGACGUGAUCAGGACAACGUUAUUCUACGAUGUCGUGAGCUUUGUCAACAAUUCAUGGUCGACAUGUAUGUAAAGAUAGAGAGCGAACGAUUACGAUACUUGCGAUUUAAUCAAGAAAAGCUGCGUGCGGAAGAAUACAUUCACCUGCGAGACGCUAUUGUCAACAACGCCGAUGCCGCUCAAAUCGGUAAUUCUGUCAUUCUACCAUCAUCAUACAUCGGCAGCCCACGUCAUAUGCAAGAAUACAUACAGGAUGCUCUGACUUACGUGCGCGAAUAUGGGCGGCCGUGUUUAUUUAUCACGUUCACAUGUAAUCCAAAAUGGCCGGAGAUUACAUCUUUACUAUUGCCUGGCCAAAAUCCAGUACAUCGUCAUGACAUUACAGCACGUGUGUUCAGACAAAAAUUGAAGUCUUUGAUAAAUUUCAUUACAAAACUACAUGUAUUCGGUCCCACACGUUGCUGGAUGUAUUCCGUUGAAUGGCAAAAGCGGGGAUUACCUCAUGCCCACAUUUUGGUUUGGUUAAUCGAUAAAAUACGACCUGAAGAAAUCGACAGUAUAAUUUCUGCGGAAAUUCCAGAUCCGUCUACUGAUCAAAUGCUGUUUGAUAUUGUUACAGCAAACAUGAUUCAUGGCCCAUGCGGCAAUCUGAAUCGUACAUCGCCUUGCAUGGUAGAUGGAAAAUGUACCAAAAGUUAUCCGAAAAAUUUCACGAACGAUACGAUCACAAAUGUUGACGGAUACCCCAUAUAUCGUCGAAGAAGUUCCGAUAAUGGCGGGCAAUCAUUUGUUAAAAAUAUAAACAGAGUAGAAAUUGACAUUGAUAACCGUUGGGUGGUCCCAUAUUCGCCUCUGCUGAGCAAAACAUUCAAUGCUCAUAUUAAUGUUGAGUUCUGCAGUUCAGUAAAGAGCAUCAAAUACAUUUGCAAGUAUGUCAAUAAAGGCAGCGAUAUGGCUGUAUUUCGAGUUGACAAUAUCAAUGCGAAUGCUCCUCCGGUGAAUACUAACGAUGAAAUAACGCUUUACCAAAUUGGUCGGUACGUCAGCUCCAAUGAAGCCGGUUGGCGUAUCUUUGGUUUCCCAAUUCAUGAACGGGAUCCAGCAGUUAUUCAUUUGGCCGUCCAUCUUGAAACCGGCCAGCGCGUAUAUUUCACGACCGAGACAGCGAUCGAUCGUGCUAUAAAUCCACCAAAAACAACACUCACUGAAUUUUUUGAAUUGUGCAAUCGUGCGGAUGUUUUUGGUGCGUUUGCACGGACAUUGCUGUAUUCAGAAAUACCACGCUAUUUCACAUGGGCUCCAACAAAAAAAUGGAUGCCCCGCAAGCAAGGCACGCCGAUUGAUGGAUAUCCCGGUUUAUUCAAAUCAAACACCUUGGGGCGAGUAUUUACAGUCAAUCCAAGGCAGACUGAGUGCUUUUAUCUUCGCCUGUUAUUGGUUAAUGUCAUCGGGCCAUUGUCAUUUCAAGAUAUACGGAAAGUGGAUGGACAACAGUAUCCAACGUAUAAAGAUGCAUGCCAUGCACUCGGCUUGCUGGAAGACGACAACCAGUGGGAAUGUAUGCUUGCUGAAGCGGGAUUGAACUGUGCAGCAAAACAAAUUCGUCUACUAUUCGCUAUAGUGUUGACUACAUGUUUCCCGACCCGAGCAGAGACAUUAUAG